AUGUCAACAAGAGAAGGAAGAAUGCAGAAGACAGCAGCAGCACCAACAAGCAUGCAAGAUUUAAGGAGUUAUAGUACUUCUCAUGUUCCUUAUUUUUCUAUGGAUAAGGUGAAAAAGAACAAUAAUAAUAAGAGCAAAGUGAUGUCAUCUUCAUCUAUAAAAGGGUGGAAUUUGAAUGAUCUUGAAUUGCAAAGAAAGAGAAGAGUUGUUGGAUAUAAAGCUUAUGCUAUGGAAGGUAAGAUGAAGGGUUCACUUAGAAAGAGCUUUAGGUGGAUUAAGGAUACUUGCAACCAUGUUGUCCAUGGAUGGUGGUGA